UCCACGGCGAGUGAGAGGGUAAACGCCGAGCGGCCUCUCAGUCCUCUCACCCGAGUGAUUCCAUUCCGCAACCCGUCGCGCACGCGUGUACACGUCUCACGUCAAAACUUAACAAAUCCUAUCAACAUGAGUGGCCAACAGUACUACCCCUACAAGUUCACACCCACGGUGUACCCGGCUGAGCCCUUCGACCCGGCCGCGGACGCCGAGACCCUCCGUAAGGCGAUGAAGGGCUUCGGCACGGAUGAGAAGGCAAUCAUCGACGUGCUGUGCCGACGCGGCAUCGUCCAGCGUCUCGAGAUCGCUGAGACCUUCAAGACCAACUAUGGCAAGGACCUGAUCAGCGAACUCAAGAGCGAGCUGAGCGGCAACUUGGAGAAUGUGAUCAUCGCCCUCAUGACCCCCCUGCCCCACUACUACGCUAAGGAACUGCAUGAUGCUGUCGCGGGGCUGGGUACAGAUGAGGAAGCCAUCAUUGAGAUCCUGUGCACACUCUCCAACUACGGCAUCAGGACUAUCUCGGCGUUCUAUGAGCAGUUAUACGGCAAGAGUCUGGAAUCAGACCUGAAAGGAGACACUUCAGGCCACUUCAAGCGUCUCUGUGUGUCACUGUGCAUGGCCAACCGUGACGAGAACCAGGGUGUUGAUGAAGGAGCGGCGAGAGCUGACGCUGAGGCGUUGGCUGCUGCCGGCGAGGGACAAUGGGGCACCGACGAGUCCGUGUUCAACUCCAUCCUCAUCACACGGUCUUACCAGCAACUAAGACAGAUCUUCGCCGAGUACGAAGCGAUCACCGGCAAGGACAUCGAAGACACCAUCAAGAAGGAAUUCUCCGGAAGCAUCGAGAAGGGCAUGCUUGCUAUUGUCAAAUGCGUGAAGAGCAAAGUUGGCUUCUUCGCGGAACGACUUUACCACUCCAUGAAGGGACUCGGAACCAACGACAAGACCCUCAUCAGAAUUGUUGUCAGCCGCUCCGAAAUUGACCUUGGGGACAUCAAGAUGGCCUUCCAGGAGAAAUACGGAAAGGCCCUGGAGACCUGGAUUGCUGAGGACAUAGGAGGCCCUAUUGGUGAACUCCUCUCCGUCAUGUGUUAUUAAGCUUCCGCUAUCGGAUACGCCAAUAACCGUGUGAUAUAUAAGUGAUACUGUACCCAAUGUACGCUGGUACACCAUUGAGUUUGUAAAUAGAACCGACCAACCAUUUAUAGCGGGUAGACGUGGCCUUCACUUUAGCGUUUGAAUUUUUGAAAUUCAUAAAUGACAUUUGAACUUUUUUGUAUUUUAAAAACUUUUAAUGUUAGAGCGAGGAUUAUGGGCAACGGCUUAUUGAAGUUCUAAUUUAGAAGCAUAUUAGAAUGAGAUGAAUUAUUAACUUUAUUUUUUACUUAAAAAUCGGUUGUAUUUACUCACCUCGAUGCUCGCAUUUAUUUCUUACUUUAAGUAAUAUUCGAAUAAACUUGUAAUCUCUGCACGAAUUGUAUUAUUAGAAAUUAUGGGCCAGUUUCCGACUAUUAUUUUUUUGCGACUACCUACAGCUGUGUUUUUCGAAUUUGCAGGAAGACCUAACUGGUGACUUCAGGAAUGUUUUAGUCACACUUUGUGCUUAAUCCUGCAAAAUAGUUUUGGUCUCUUUGUUAUAAAUUUGCAUGCGUUCAGGAGUUUUUCUACUAAGUGUUGUGUAGUGAGACUCUAAGGCCUCAGCCUCGAAAUCAGCGGGCAGCGGGGCGGUGGCGGCGGCGACGCGGGAGCGGCGCGUUCCAAUGUAAAGACUUAUAUGGAACUGGCCUCAAAGGCAGCGGCGCGCGGAGUACCACUUACCAGACCGCGUCUCGCGUCGCCGCCACCGCUCCCGCCCCGCUGCCCGCAAAAUUCGAGGCUGAGGCCUAAGCAGAGUGUAUUUUGCAGGAUGAUACGAAAGGGGACUACAAACGCGUCUUACUCACUAUUGUCUCGUAAGAAAAAACCUUGUCUCCUAAGAAACUCAGUGAAAAACUUUAUUGUUAGUCCGUGUAAGCUAUGUUCCGUGAAACUGCCUUGUAUACUUGAGAUGUAUUUAAAAGCUUGAUAUUUUUGUGAAAAUGAGAUAUUUAUUGGUGCUGUAGUUUUGUUUACUGUGUAUUUAUAUAUUCUUUGACACAAUAUAAUAAAACUAUCAAUGUU